GAUAGUAGGUAUAAAAAUGUAACGCCCAUCAAAUUAAAAUCAGUCGAUUUUUGUUUGUGCAUAGACAGGGGAAAGUAUAUUAAAGGAUUAACAUCUGAAAGCGAUACAUAUGCGUCUAUAAUAUAGAUUGGACAAAGGAAGCAGAAAUGGCAACCUGUGGUAAGACAUAUACCUCAAAAAACCGUGUCUACCUCUUCCGGUUGCAAAUACUCAUUAUAGACGGUGGCCUCCUGGUUUUGAGAAAUAUACUAGACCAGACCCUUGCUUCUAAAGGCAUAACCCUAAGUGUAUGUUUAAAUCAAGAAAAGCCAACAAUCACACGUUUGAAAAGCCGUGGCAAUAUUACGCAGGUACAAUAUGACCAAUUGUUUCCAACAGUUGCCCGAGUCCCAACUUCGUCGGAUAUGGACAUUACCCUUAUCAUAUGUCUUCUUAGAUCCCUGAAGUGUUUUGGAUUAAACAAGAAAUUUGAUUGGAACACAACACCUAAAUCAACCGAUGUAACAAUUGAGGCAGAUAUGUAUCGGUUAAAGGCUUUUAGAAAUAAAAUAAGUCAUAUAUCAAAAACAACUGUUAUACAACCAAAUGAAUUUGUUACUAUGUGGAAUGACAUAGAGCAGAUACUUGUUCGACUAAGUUCUCCAGCUUUGAAUAUUCAGCAAAAAAUUGCCGAUUUCAAAACAUGCACUCUAGAUCCAGAGGAAGAGAAAAGGGUUCAAGAAGAAAUAAAAAAGUGGAAAGACUAUGAAGCUGAUGUUGAUCGACUGAAAGAAGAGAUGACAGAUGUGAAAGAAAGGGUUACUGAAGUAGAGAAAAACCAAGAGGAGAUCAAAAGACGAGUAGCUGAAGAUAAAAGUUAUGAAGGGAGGCAAGCAAAGGAGGAAAAAUAUCAAAAACGCAAGAAGCGUACGUAAAUAUUUCUUCACUUAUUU